CACUAAAUGUAUUUAUGUUAUAAAUGAAAUUGACAAUAACAAUAUAAAAUAUAUUUAUAGGAGAAAAGGAUAGUGGAAUUGUGACAUCUCUAACAACUACUAUUGCUAGCAAGCACGUUAAUAAUGGAAGAAAGGAACGUACGUCAAGGCCAUGCAUAUUUUACUUACCUGCCCUGUUGAAAAAUAUCGGAUUAUCAAAUUCAAAAAUGGACACAAACAAACACAGUAGCACGAGUGAGUGUGUGACUGUGUGUGAGAGAAAACUCUCUAUCCUAGUCCAUUACCUCGAGUUUCGAGCUCAGUGAAACCACCACCUCUUUUUAGAUUCUGAGUCUUAAAAGACAAAUUGCAUUAGGCAGACCAAAGCCAAAUGCGGCCUCUUUCCUCUUCUUCUUCCUCUUCCCAUUAAUUUGCUUGUUCUUUUGUUGUUGCUUCUUCUUCUUUCUGUCUGAAUUUCUGAAAAAUUCUCUAAGUGAAAAAUUUCAGCUCACAUUCUCUCUGCAUCUUCUUGUUUGACUCUCCCUUGACCUCCAUUUUUCACGGGUUUUCUUGGUAAGAACGAAUCUGCAUUGUGCGUCCCUUAUUUCAAUUUUAAUGACCUUUACCUGCCCCCCAUUUAUCUUCUCGAGAUCAGCAAGCCAUGGUCAAUUUUUUUUUUUCUUUUGCAGGAUUUCUAUUUUGUUUCUUUUGUUAUCCUGUAAUCCCUGUUUGGGUCUUGGACAAUGUUAAAGCAAAAAUGCUUUAAAAGCUUCCCAAAAGAAGCUAACCGUGGUUUUAAAGUGCUUUUUGAUUAUUUGGUCUUAAUUUCUCAUUGUUUUAUCAGCCAUUACUUUUGAGUUCUGUUACUACUAGUACAAUACAAAUCCACCAUUUUUCAUGUACAGAGUAACAGGGUAGAGGUAAUGAUGCUAUCUUUUCUUGAAGCCCUUUUUGGAAUUUGGCCUUAAGAAUGAAUGGUCUUCCUCCCUUUUUGAUAAUGCUAGCCAGUCUGCUGUUCAUGCUUUGAUGUGUUGCUAGCAAAUCAGUCUCUAGUAUGCUUUGUUAACAGAUCUUUUUUGAAACCCCUAUUAAAAAAAUCGAAUCUUGGAAAGCCUGGUAGACCCUUUUCAGUCUCCAGUAAUCUUUUUUGUUUAUGGUGUUUGUUUCCUAUCGUGUGUCUUUUUGUAACUUUCUUAUUCUACCCCUGCAUUAUACUUCUUCACUUUCCACCUCCUUCUAGUGUGUGUCUCUGUGUAAUCAAGUUGAAUUUUGGUUGAAAAUUUGAAUCUUUGCAAUGUACAUCUGAAUUAUUGUCCCAGGUUUGUGUAAUUUUACAUCUGAAACAGUGUAAUUCACUUCUCUGCUGCAUUUCAGACAUCCAUGGAGAUUUUUUUUUUUUUGGUUACGCUUCUUAAAUGUCGUUUUGCCGUUACUGUAGUUUUGAGUAUUAAAAUAUUACCAUUGAUUCCGGCGGAAAUGGAGUCAUCUAUUUGACAAAAGUCUCCUCAAAGGGGUCAUUAAUUUUACCCAAAUGGCCCACUUGAGAGGCUUUAUCCAUCUCUUUUAAUGAGUAUUCAGAACUAUUCAACCAGGUGGUAAAUUUUGUUUGUAAAAUGGUCCUGCUGUCUGUUGUAGAUGUGCAUGCCUUGUGAUGGCAAUUAUAAUAGGCAUUUAAUCAUGCUUUUGUGGUUCAUGAAGAAUUCUUCUGCCUGUAUGAGAGGGAACCCUUCAAUCAUCUAUCCCUUUUGUUAUCCCAAAUGGAUAUAGAGAUGUGGGAUAGUAAAUCCUCCAUAUGGGUUCUUAAAUACAGUGAAUGUUGGUAGAGAGUAUAGAGGCUUUUUCACUCUUCUUGUGCAUUUACUCACAUUGGAUACUCCACGUUCUUUCCUGUGUUUAACUGUACCAUACCUUGUGAUGCUUCUGUAGUUUUUGCAGGUCUUGUGGGUCAGGCUGCAUUCAAGUAGUUUUAUUCAUUUUUUGAAAGGAGGAAAAAAAAAGCUAUCUUUAAAUCCCAGCUGCAUUUGGUGGUUAGAAGGUUGUUAAAAUAUGCAGACGCCCAAAUCAAGAAACAGUAGUGCUGAACCAGCUCUGAAAGUUUGCUCUCGAGCUGUCUCAUCUGGCACAACUCCAAAGAUAUCACCUCGUGGCAAUCCUGCAGAAGUGCCGCUGAAGCUUUCUCCAAGGGUUGUUCGCCAACUCAAGACAAGCUCCCAGGAUUCUGACUCUGCUUCUUCAUCCACUCGAGCUAGUAGGACACCAAAAGAUAGAAGCUCUAAAGUGACCGAGAGAAAAUCACCACGAAGCCCGGCAUCUGAGGUGCCUAAGAAGCAUCCAAGUAAGGCUGCUGAACUGGAAUUCCAGAUUUCUCAACUUCAGAAUGACCUAAAGAAAGUUAAGGAACAGCUGAGUUCUUCCGAAGCAGGGAAAAAGCAAGCUGAACAGGAAGCUGAUGAAUCAAAGAAACAGCUUUUGGAACUGUCUUUAAAGCUUGAAGAGUCCCAUAAACAGCUCUUAGAGAAGUCUAAUAUUGAAGAAACCCAACCCCAGAAUGCCUCUGGAGAUCAGGACAUCGCCUUGGUGUCUCAGCUUGAAACUAUCAAGAAACAGCAAUUAAUUGACUCAGCAUCAUUAGCAUCUGCUUUGGAAGAGAUUAACUCGCUUAAGCUCCAGCUGGAAACUGUGGCUGAAUCCGAGGCAGCCCAGACAAAGCGCGCUGAACUAUCGCAAACGGAGAUAGAUGGCUUAAAGAUAAACCUCACAGAAACUCUCGCACUUGUGGAAGACAUGAAAAAUCAGGUCAAAGAUUCCAAAGAAUCAGAAGCUCAAGCCAAAAAAGUUGUUGGUGAAACCCUGAUGCAACUGGAAACAGCCAAAAUAACGGUUGAGUCCCUUAGGUUGGAUGGUGCUAAAGCUGUUGAAGCAUAUGAUGCUAUGUCUUCCGAGCUGGAGCAGUCCAGGGCUCGUGUGAGCUCCUUGGAGGAGGUUGUUACCAAACUAAAAGCUGAUUUGAGAAAUGCUGACAGUAAUGGUUCCCAGAAUGCUGCAGAGAAUCAUUAUAUGAUCAAACUGGAAUCUUCAGAUCAUGAAGAACUUGCAAAGUCAAAAGAAGAACUUACUUCUCUGAAAUGUGAAAUUGAGCAACUAAGAUCUGCUUUAGAAGCAUCCGAAACAAGAUACAAUGAAGCCCAAUCUCAAAUUGCUAAUGAGAUGAACAGCGCUCAUGACUUGGUUGAACAAAUUAAGUCUUCAUCUAUUGACAAAGAAGCUGAACUCGAAAAGGAGCUCCUGAAGGCUAAAGCUGAAGUUGAUGAGUUGAAGGCGCAUCUUAUGGAUAAAGAGACAGAGUUGCAGGGUAUUUGUGAGGAGAAUGAGGAUCUGAAUCAAAAGCUAGAGAGUGCGCUGUCUGGCUCUACAAACUUGGAACUUGAAAAGGAGAUUCAGAAAGCAAGGGCCGAAGUUGAACAUGUGAAAGCUGAUCUAAUGGACAGAGAAACAGAAGUGCAGAACAUUCUGGAGGAAAAUGAAAUGCUGAAGUUGGAAAUCAAGAAACGGGAGUCUUAUAAGGGCAAAGUCGAUGAUGAAAUUGCUGAUGAACUUGAAGCUGCAAGGUCAGCGGAGCGAGAGGCUCUGAUGAAGCUAGGUUACAUGACAGAGGAAGUUGACAAGACUAACAGGAGGGUAGCACGAGUAUCCGAGCAAUUGGAUGCAGCUCAGGCAGCAAAUGCUGAGAUGGAAGCCGAGCUGAGGAGGCUCAAAGUGCAGUCUGAUCAAUGGAGGAAGGCUGCAGAAGCGGCUGCAGCAAUGCUCUCGACAGGAAACAAUGGGAAAUUCAUGGACCGGACAGGAUCAAUGGACAGCCGGUACAGUCCUAGGUCUGCAAGAAUUCCUUCGCCUUACUCCGACGACGGGGAUGAUGAUUUGCUGAAAAGGAAAAGCCCCAACAUGCUUAAAAAGAUUGGUGUUCUGUGGAGGAAACCUCAGAAGUAAGCGGGCAUUGUGUAAUAUUAUGGCUAGUAAGUACUGAUGAUAUUAAAAGCAACAUAUCUAUCUAUUCCCAGAAGUCUUGUUUUUAAACUGGUAGAUUGUUGGUAAAUGAAGCUGGACUUCUAAUUUCUUAUAUGAAUGACUACUAGUAUCAGCUUUCUGAAUGGUUGGACAUUCAUAGAUAAUGUUAGGCUAGACUUUUGCAGAGGUACCAAAUGGAUAUCAAACAAUCAUAAGGAAAAAGCACACGAAGUUAGACAAG